AUGAUACGUCUGUUCAAAACUUCAUUGUUCCGAACAUUGCAAAGAAAGAAGACAAUCACACUAAUAUCAUGCGCGCUUUUAUGUGUUUGGCUAUUAACUCAUAUAUCAAACGUUGAUACAUCGGAUCUGACGCAACAAUUCCUACCGUUGACCGCCACCGCUGCAAUUAGGAAGACUCCCAUAGUGGAAAGAUUUUAUAUUGAUCUUUUUAAUUCAAUAAACCAAUAUCGUCCAUUGAACCCUCCUUCAAAUCCAGAUGAUUUGCGUGAUACUGAGAAAUGUAAAUGGCACGGCGAUAUAUCAGUGCAUGAUUUUGAUAAAUUCAAUGAAUAUUUAUCGUAUAAUAAUUUGAAUGAAUGUUAUAAAUUAUCAAAUAUUCAAUUGAAUAAUUUGAAAAGAUCACAUUCUGGAUUCGUUGAGUCUAUCCUUUCUGAAUUUUCAACUAAAGAUGAUAAAUUAACCUCAGGGUUGUUCCCAAAUAAUGAAGGGAUCGUUACAGUCGGUGGUGGGAAAUAUACCGUCUUAUUAAUGACUAUGAUUGAAAAGUUGAGACAAUCUGGAACAACUUUACCAUUAGAAGUUAUAAUUCCACCACAGGAUGAAGGCGAUGAUGAAUUCUGUAAUAAUGUGUUACCAAAUUAUAAUGGGAAAUGUAUUUACUUCAAAGAUGUGUUACCUGAUCAAUUAAGUGAUAAAUUAGUUAUAAAAGGAUUCCAACUUAAACCAUUAGCUAUAUUAUUAUCCAGUUUCAAGAAGGCUUUAUUCCUAGACGCUGAUAACCUCGCGAUGAAAGAUUUAGAUAAUAUUUUCAAUACUCAGGCAUUUAAACAGAAAAGAUUGAUUGUUUGGCCCGAUGUAUGGAGAAGAUUUACUGCACCAGCUUAUUAUAAAAUUGCGAAUAUUAAAUUGGAUUUGGGGAAAAGAAUACGUAACUUGAAUGAUGAUGUUUCACCUCCUUCUCGUUAUGAUGAUAAUUCAGAGAAUUCUGCUCAAUAUUUGGAGAACGUCCCAUUCCAUGAUUUGAAAGGAACUAUACCUGAUCCAACUUCUGAAUCUGGCCAAAUGGUUAUUGACAAAAUUGAACAUUUCCAUACUCUAAUAUUAUCACUUUAUUAUAACCUUUAUGGUCCACCUUGGUAUUAUAGAAUGUUCUCUCAAGGAACAUCAGGUCAAGGUGAUAAAGAAACAUUUAUUGCAGCUGCUCAUGCAUUAGGGAAACCAUACUACCAAGUCCAUACCAAAAUGGGUUUUAAGGGAUAUAAUGAUGAAAAACUUGGAUUCCAAGGAGUUGGUCUUUUACAACAUGAUUUCGAACAAGAUUUUAAACAAUUACAACUCGCAAGCAAAACUAUCAAUGAGAAUGAGAGUGAAUAUUCAAAAUUCAAACAAGAUUAUAAAGCAACCGUCGAUUUCGAUGACAGUUUAAUGAAACCCAUUGAUGGACCGAUCGAUAUUAUGUUUCUGCAUGCAAGUUUCUUCAAGUAUGAACCAUUAGAUCUAAUUAGAGAACAUCGUUAUGUGAAAGAAGAUGGUUCACACUUUAGGGUUUUUUCAGGUUUGGAGAGGUUAAACUAUUUUGAUUUAGAAUUGUUCAACUUCAAAAUUUUGAAUAAGUUCUUAUGUACUGAGGAAAUGAUUCACUUCAAAUAUUACAAAAAUGUGGAAUCUAAACCAGAGUGGUCAGAUAUGUGUAAAUUCUUAAAAGAGCAUACAGAAUAUUUAGAAUCAACUCAUAAAGAAGCAACUGCUCAGGUACAGCACUAA